AUGGACUCGCGGACGAUAGUGAGGAAAUGCGGCUCAUUUCUGACGACCAGGGAGGAAACGGUCUCCCUGAUCCACCAGUCGGCCAAGGACUAUCUGGACGAGAACUACACGUCCAGGCUUCAGCCAGCUGGAGUUGCCCAAAGGCAUGCCGACAUCAGCAGCCGCUCAAUUGCUGCGAUGUCCUUAAUCCUGAAACAGAACAUCUACGACCUCGACUUCGGCUUUAAACCAAGGGAUAUAAGUCCCCCCCAGCCAGAUUCGCUGGCUCCGAUACGAUACUCCUAUGUCUUCUGGGCCGAUCAUCUCCUGAAUAGGGAUAGCUCCAAGUGCAACAGAGAGCUUACGGACGAUGGAAUAUCUGUGUCUCCUAGGGAAACUCUCAGAUGGGGUUCUAUCGAUGAGAAAGCUUCUGCAUAUUGUCCAGUCGGAUGCGAGUUUCAACUUGCUGGAUUCUUGGAAGAUGCCGACAAGUUUGUCCGCAGCCACGGAUCGACUCUAGAACGAGCUCCAUUGCAGACAUAUGGCUCCGCGCUCGUGUUCAGUCCAGCGAUGAGCGAGACGCUCGAGGGGCAUGGCGAUUCGGUCGAUGCAGUCACCUUCUCUCCGGACGGCAAGACGCUCGCGUCGGCUUCGGACGAUGGGAAGCCGAUUCUUGACUACUUGCGUAAAGUCUUCAAAACCGGCGCCUUUCGAAAGCUCUGA